CAAAACAAAACAAAAACUACCCGUACGAGACGGCGAAGUCGUUCCCCAAUCCAUCGAAACCCUAGCGCGCAAUCCCCGGCUUCCCACGCCGUAUCGCCGUCGCCAUGGGCAAGAAGCGAAAGCUCGAGCCCAAAUCGGCGGCAGCCGUCAAGCCGGUUAAGGCCUCCCAGACCACCACCAAGGCCUCCUCGGCCGCCGCCACCGCUAAGGCCGCCGGUCUAUCCGCGGUUCUCGCCCCUGCUGAGGUGGCCAUGGAGAAGCUGCCCCAGGGGGCAGGCGGCGAGGGGGAGGAGGUAGAGGAGGAAAUCGAGGAGGAGGUGGAGGUUGAGGAGGAGGUGGAAGUGGAAGAGGAAGAUGGCGAGGGCGACCCGGCCUCGAUCCAGGCGCUCCUGGAUUCGUUCCCCAAGGACCAGCUCGUCGAGCUGCUACGCGACGCUGCCGUCGCUCACGGCGACGUGCUAUCUGCCAUCCGGCACGUCGCCGACGCCGACCCGGCUCAGCGGAAGAUCUUCGUCCACGGCCUCGGCUGGGACGCCACAACCGACACUCUCUCUGAGGCGUUCGGUCCAUACGGCGAUAUCGAGGACCUCAGGGUCGUCACCGAUCGCAACACGGGCAAGUGCAAGGGGUACGGGUUCAUCCUCUUCCGUCACCGCUCUGGUGCCCGAGCCGCGCUACGCGAGCCCCAGAAGAAGAUUGGUAACCGCAGCACCGCCUGCCAGCUCGCCUCUGUUGGCCCUGUCCCUGGUGGUGCGCCCAACAGCGCUGGCGCUGUGCCAGCCCCGGCUCAAUUGCACCUGCCACCGGUGUCAGAGUAUACACAACGAAAGAUAUUUGUCAGCAAUGUUGGUGCAGAUAUCGAUCCAAAGAAACUGCUUCAGUUCUUUGCAAGGUAUGGUGAGAUCGAGGAAGGUCCGCUUGGGCUUGACAAGGUCACUGGGAAACCCAAGGGAUUUGCUCUUUUUGUCUACAAGACCAUUGAAAGUGCCAAGAAGGCUCUUGAGGAGCCACACAAGCAUUUUGAUGGAGUGGUGCUGCACUGCCAGAAGGCGAUUGAUGGACCAAAGCCGAACAAAUUAGGAGGAGCUGGAGGCUUUUUUGGUGCUGGGGCUUCAAGUGGGGGCAAGGGAUUUCCUGGUUAUGGAGCUACUAGUCAUUCUCUGCCUGGAACUGUUGGUAUUGUCCAGCCAAUGUCACCUCUGGCACCUGGGUUGGCUUCACUACCUGGUGGUAUUUCUGCUGCCCCAGGUGUGGAUCCUGCUCUGGGGCAGGCAUUGACAGCUUUGCUUGCCACCCAGCAGGGGGCUGGGCUGAAUUUGACUAGCAUUCUGGGGGUCGGUGCUAAUGGAUCAGGGUUGCCUCCGCAGGGGGCAACUGGAGCAUUGGGUGGUAGCGGUGUGCCGGGGAUGCAAGGUGGUUAUAUGGGUGGCUAUGGUGGUUCCGGUGGAUAUGGGGGUGCUGCUUCAGGAGGCCCAGGAAGAAAUUACAUGGGUCAUUAGGAUGGUUAUAACUAUUUUACUGUGGCCAGAUGAUUCUACAUGUUCCUGAUUGGCACUUAUAAACUUGCUGUUUUAAGCUGUUUCUGGCUACUCAAUUAUGCCUGUGGUCAAAGUUUUCAUAGGAACUUUAGUUCCCUCCACCUAUCAUUUCAAAACGAAACAGUGCUUUGUACAACUAUUUCGAUUUUCAAAAGGACAUCUUAUGGCUGCAAGACUAUUGUAAAAGACUUCAUGUGGAUUUAAAGCACUGCAGUAUUUAAGAUAUUACUCUCUUUGUAAGGUUUUCAAAAAGGCCAAAUUAAGGCUUGCAAAACUAUUGUAAAAGACUUCCUGUCGGUUUAAAGCACUGAGUAUUUAAUGACAAUGGUUUCUUGAUUUAUA